AUGGAUUCAUUUGAGUAUGCAUGUAUGCUAUUUUAGAAAUCUUAAAAACUCAUCAAUCUCUGCGACUUUGGAAACAAAUUUAAACUAGAUAACAAAUUACAAAAGGAAAUCUUACAAAAUGAUGACUUAGAAGAAGAUAAAUUCUAAGAAAUUGAAAUUGAUAAUGAGAGGUGUCUUUAUAGUUUCUAUUACCCUAAGUAGAACUGUUAUUUUAUUCUAAUUGGAAAGAAUUAUCUCGAAAAAUCAAAAAUCCAGAGAUUUGGAGAUGAGAUUCUACAAGAAAUUCAUAAAAUGACUAAAAGUGAUAUUUCUAAGAUGAAUAGUGACAUAGAUAGUCACAGUGGGAAAGAAGGAGUUUACUAGCGUCAGUUAGAACCUUAUCUUGAGCAAAAAUUCAAAUAGUAUCAAAGUUCAAUUAGAGUAUACAAAGUCAAGCAAGCGCAACUAAAAGUUGAUGAAGCAAAAGUUAUCAUGCAAAAAAAUGUUAUAGCAUAAUUAAAUAAUAACAAAGAAGUAGAAGAAAAGCUAUUGCCCACAUCUUAGGAGAUCUAAAAGACAGCUAGAUUAUUUUAAAAGAAUGCUUAUUAAUUGGAAAAAGAAGCCAAGAAAAGAGAGUUCUGGGCUUGUUCGAAGAAAUGUAUACUAAUGAGUGCAGUCAUUGCAUUGAUUUUGCUAGGAAUAAUUCUGGGUAUUUAUUUUGGAGUAAAUUGA